AUGAUCUCCAUCGCAAAAAGGGCAUAUGAUAUCUUCCCGCAGGGCUCCACAAUGCAAAAGGAGGAGGUUCAAAAGCAGGUCACUGCUGCUGCUACUAGGCUCCUCAAGAGUGGUGACUACCUCCGGCUCCCUGACUCGUCUGGUGGACAAUUCAGGAAUUUCACGGCGCAGGCUCUCAGGGACGUGUGUCUCGAAUUUUACUACUCCAACAGCAAGAAAGCAUUGAAGAACACGAACGAAUUCCACCGCACGAUCCCCAUCAACACAAUGCUUCUUGUAGCAGCGGUGUUGAAGGGCAUUAUCUCUGGCUUUCGGGAGACCGGCACUGACAAGGUUCCUGAUCUAACUGCUGAACAGUGCAGGACCCACUUUAUCAAUUUACGGAAAUCAGUUGACAUGCUGCUCGACAUUCCGGAGCGCUGCGAAGAGCUUGAAGAGAUGUUGGACCAAUGGGCUAGGAUUGGCAUGGGUGACUUUGAUAACUAUGCGGCUGGGAGUGUGGCGGGCAGCGACGCAGAGGACAUUAACAUCAUACUUUAG